UUCCUCGACCGGGAUGGCGUCGUCAACGUGCAGGCAGCAUAUAAUACCGGUCCAAACGCCAUGCAGCUCGUCAGAGGCGCCGCGUCCGCCAUCGCUCGCCUGCAGGAGCGGGGGGUGAAGGUAGUGAUUGUUUCGAGUCAAGCAUGUGUUGGGAAGGGGUACUUACUGACAUCCCACGUCCACGCGGUGAUGGACCGCAUGUGUGCGAUGCUCCGAGAGGAGGCGAAGGCUGACAGGACGAGGAGCACGGGGGACCUCUACCACUUGGCGCAGCCCGACUGCAUCAUCUUCUCAGUCGGAGCAGGAGAUAAGGCCGUUCACCCGUCCUACCAGGACGUGUCCGGGGCGAAACCGUCGCCAGCGGGUCUUCUCAAGGGCGCAGAAUGUCUGGGGCUGGGGAAGCGCUUCAGGGGAUACAUGGUGGGGGAUCGAGUGACUGACCUAGAGGCUGGACACGCCGCAGGAUGCAAGACCGUUCUUGUGCGCACUGGCGUUGGACAACAA